UUCCAUUCCUUAUAUUCUCUCUCAAAUAUUUUCUCUUUUCCUUAAAGAAAAAGAAAAUUUUGUCAUUUUAUUCUAUAAUCUUCUCAACUCAGUGGAUCUUUUUAUUUUUUUGCAUGGAGGGUUUUAGAGGAAUUGAGUCUCGGAAGAGUUCAGAAGCUUCUGCCCCUGAGUUGACUCUUCAAAGUUCACCCGAGUUAGCUCACCAUGAACAAAAUCCAACCUUGGAUUCAAUGAUGACAGAAUCAACCUCUACUGAAUGGACGGAUGAGAAACAUAGUUUAUACCUUAAAUCCAUGGAAGCAUCAUUUGUUAACCAGUUAUAUGAUUCCAUGAGUUUCCUUGGCUGUAACUCGAAGGAGAAAUCGCCCGGAUCGAAAUCGUCAAGGAAAGCACGUUGUAUCUCUUCAGGCCAGUUUAAGGUCCUUCGAGGCGGUAGCUGGAAGAAGAUCAAUUUUGAAAGACCUGUAGUUCAACUGAAUAAAAGAUACUGUUCUCAUUCUUUCGUGGCAAGUCCUUGGAUCCAGCAUUUCAGAUCCGGGUCUAAGUCUCGUGUUUUAGCCUCCUGUAGUCUUCAAGAUAAUGCUUCAUCCAAAGAGGUGUCGGAUCAGAACUUUGUCGACGAGGAACAGGGUGAAAAGGCUAGAAAAGGAUGUUGCAGCCCAAAGAAGCUGAAAACCCGGGUAACCGAUGCUUCAUGCAAUGAUCAAGUUGUUCCAUAAGGUGAAACCCACGGAGCAUCCACCGGUAAGGCUCCGUUUCGAAGAAGGAAAUUUGUAAUCACCAUCCUAAUACCGACAGCAAACCCGACUCCAUAGAGUUCAUUUUUGGUGACAUAAGUUAAAAUUUGAAUGCUAAAUAUUUUUGUCGAUAAUGUAUGGGACGGUGCCGAGAAAGACGGAGAGAUAUGGGGGUAUAAUUAAUGUGACUUUUUGUUCUUGUAAAAAUAGUAAGUGCGUCAUUAGUAGUAGUUUCGGUGGAGGACGUUCGCCGCCGGUCUGCUGAUGUUCUUUCUGUUUUUGUAUAUAUAUUAUUCUCACUUUUUAUCUGAGUUAUGAACGUGGUGGUAUAAUAUAUAUACUGUUGUGGUAGUGUAAUAAUAUAUAUAUCUACCUUUGCGGGUUUUGAUUGGUACAGAUAA